CCUCACUCUACCCCACGCCCACACUACCCCAGCCCACUCUACCCCUACCCACCUUACCCCCACACCGCACUCUACCCCAGCCACUCUACCCCAGCCCACACUACCCAUACCACCCAUCUACGUCCAGCCCACUCUACCUACCCACACUACCACCCCACUCUACCCCAGCCCACUCUACCCCAGCCACACACCUACCCCACACUACCCCAGCCCACUCUACCCAGCCCACUCUACCCAGCCACACUACCCCACACCCACUACCCCACUACCCUACCCACUCUACCCUACCCCACCCAUCUAACACCAGCCACCUCUACCCAGCCCACCUUACCCACAGCUACCUACCCCACACUACCCCACCCACACUACCCCAGCCCACUCUUACCCCAGCCAACACUACCCCACUCUACCCGCAGCCCACUCUACCCCAGCCCACACUACCCCACACUAUACCUACCCCACACUACCCCACCCCACACUACCCCACACACUCUUACACCCAGCCCAGCUCAGACAGCCCCACUCUACCCCAGCCCACUCUACCCCAGCCCACUCUACCCCAGCCCAGCUCAGACCAGCCCACUCUACCCCACCCCACUCUACCCCAGCCCAGCUCUGACCAGCCCACUCUACCCCAGCCCAGCUCAGACCAGCCCACUCUACCCAGCCAGCUCAGACCAGCCCACUCUACCCACCCCACCCACUCUACCCCAGCCCACUCUACCCCAGCCCACCCCAGUCCACCCGGGCCAAUCCUAGCCCACCCUACCCCUGCCCAGCGCUGCAACAGAAAUACUCAGACUUAA